AUGAAGAUACGACACUCCCUCGAACCAUGCUCCAACGCAGCAACGGCAGGCCCCUGCAGCAACCCGCCUAAUGUAGACCGGCUGGGCGAAGAUGUAUGCCGACGCUGCAUCAACCUGGCUAAUGAGAAGAAGAAGCAAGAUGACAAAAAGAAGAAGGAUGACGAUAAGAAGAAGGACAAGGAUAAGAAGGCGCAAGACAAGGUGGACAAGGAUAAGAGGAUGAAGGCCUGGGCUAAGAGCAAUAAGGCGGAGGGGAAGGCUAUCAAGAGGUUGGGAUAG